AAUAACACUAGUGAGAAACAAUGACCUGUAAGUCACCAAAUGACCUCUUCCCUCCCCAAUAUUGAACACAAACUCACUAACACUAAAGUCUUCAAAUCAACGUCAGUUCAUACCAACACAACCCCCCUCCCACGCGAAAUAAAACGCGGCCCAGCCAUUAAGCUCCUCCACACUCACGACUUCCUCCUUAAAACCCCACCGCACUUCCACAACUACCACGAACUACCCGUUCCCCUAGGACAGCGGCCCCCGGAUCCCCACUUAACCUCCUCCAUCCAACACGCAGCCGUGGCACCAACCCAGUACUACGAAGUGAAGUAUAUUGAACCAACCUUGUUGUCCUGUUUUACGCGCGGCGAUAAGAAAGUGUGCUGCAAGGUCGCCGUGACGGAUACGGGUUCGGGGAUUUUCGUGCGGAGUACGAGGCAGAGGGGCGGGGUGUUCAGAAAGGGCUUUGGCGCUGGGAUGACGGUUGUGGUGGAGCAGAUCUGGGAGGUGAGGUAUGCGGAGGAGAAGGAGUGGGAUGGGUUGGAGUUGGUGGAGAGAGUGAGGGUGGAGGGGCUGGAGUGUUUGACUGGGGGUGUUAGGAAGAAGUAUGAGGCGGGGUGGAGAGAUGUGCACGAGAGCAUUGUGAAGAGGUUGAUGGUGCUGGACUUGGGGAUGUAGAAAAAUAUGGGUUUAGCUGGACACGAUGGGGUUAAUGGGAACACGAAAUAGGAGUUUGACGGGUUUGAGCGCUGUUGCCUUGGAGGUACCUCUUGGGUUAGACUUGUACACUCAAGACAAAAUAAUGCGCAUAUAGUGAUGCGAGUGCAUAUGGGGUGUGAAUUGUUG